AUGGCUGAGCAGUUGCCGAAGUCUGUGCUCUUCGUGUGUCUGGGUAACAUCUGUCGGUCACCCAUUGCAGAAGCAUUUUUCAGAAAACUUGUAACUGACAAGCUUUCAGAUCAUUGGGUCAUUGAUAGCGGCGCUGUUUCUGACUGGAACGUGGGCCGGUCACCAGAUCCAAGAACUCUGAGCUUCCUCAGAAAUCAUGGCAUUAACACAGCCCAUAAAGCAAGACAGGUUACCAAGGAAGACUUUGCCACAUUUGAUUAUAUACUAUGUAUGGAUGAAAGCAAUCUGAGAGACUUGAAUAGAAAAAGUAAUCAAAUUAAAAACUGCAAAGCUAAAAUUGAACUACUUGGGAGCUAUGAUCCACAAAAUCAUCUCAUUAUUGAAGACCCCUAUUAUGGGAAUGAGUCCGACUUUGAGACUGUCUACCAGCAGUGUGUGAGGUGCUGCAGAACCUUCCUGGAGAAGGCCCGCUAA